AUGGGAGUACGUGACCCUACGCUUCUCCCAAAGCGGAAGCGUAAUCAUCGCCGCUAUAGGCAAAAGAAGGCGAAGAAGAUAAAGGCAGAUGCUGCCGCGGCUACCCAGAAGAAUGAGGUAGCUGAACCUGCCGACUCUUCGGCUAUCGAGAAGAGCAGUCUCUGCCUAAUCUCGCCAUUUGCAGCGCCCUCGCCUGCUGUCACCUCGCCUGCGAAAGUGACAUUGCCCAUCCGAGGGCUUCGAAAUCCCUAUAAUUAA